AGAGAGCACAGGCCUGAGGGGGGUUGGCAAGGAGAGUGGCAAGGAAGUCUUAGAGUGGUGGAAGGGACAAGUGAGGCUGAAAGACAAGUAUGGCUGAGGCCAUCACCUAUGCAGACCUGAGGUUUGUGAAGGCCCCCCUGAAGAAGAGUGUCUCCAGCCGGUUAGAACAGGAUCCAGAGGACUAUGAGGAUGGGGAGCUCACCUAUGAGAACGUGCAAGUGCCCCCCGUCCCAGCGGGGGCCCCAAGCUUGGCUUCCUCUGGACCAGCUGACACAGCGAGGGUCAAGGCCAAGCAGCCAGCUAAGAGAUGCAUGAAGCUAUCAGCUAGUCAGGUUCUCCCCUGCCCCACCUCCACCUCCUGCUUGCAGUACCUCCUGCUCGGCCUGCUCCUCACCUGCCUGCUGUUAGGGGUGGCCACCAUUUGCCUGGGAGUGAGCUAUCUGCAGUUGUCUCAGCAGUUCCAGCAGGUGACCAGGAUUCUGGCAGCCACUAACAGCAGCCUGAGACAACAGCUCCGGGAAAGGAUAACCAAGCUGGGGCAACAGGAGGAGAAUCUGCAGGAAUACAGGAGACAGCUGUCUCAGAGUCAGGAGAUGCUACAGGAGGAACAGAGGGUUCACCAGGUAGCUGAGCAGCAGCUACAGGCCUGUCAGUUGGAUCGGGAGCAGACCAAAGAGACCUUGAAAAGGGAAGAGGAACAGAGACAAGCCUUGGACCAGAGGCUGAACAGCAUGCAGAACAGACUGAAGUCCUUCUCCACAUGCUCUACAUUAGGGGAAAUUAGGAAAAGAAGAACGGAAAAGACAUAGAAAUUUUUAGGUGAAGAUUGCUCACAAUUUCAGCAAAGCAGGAAGCAAGGCUGUCUGGUGAAGGAAGAGUGGAGAGGAGCAGGAGGGAGCCAGUGGCGAGAGGAAUGUGGCAAGGUUUUGAGUGGGUGGUAGGGAAAUGCUUUAGGGAGCAAAUGAGAUGAAUGAAUGAGAGACCCAUAGGGAUCUAGGUGAAGUUAGCUGAAAUGUCUCUGCUGAUGGUAACUCCAUGGCUACGAUAAUAAAUCUUCCAUUUUGGAUGUGGUGGUGCAGGUCUAGAAUCCCAGCACCCAGAUGGAGGAGUGGAGACCAGACUAAGCCACAUAGCAAGUUUCUGAGCUAUGUAGCUGCACCCCAUCUCACAAAACAAUGUUUGAGAAUAUAGCUCAGUGGAAGAACAUUUGCCUUGUACAUCUGAGGCCAUGGACUCAAUUCCCGGCACUGGAAAAGAAAUAAAAAAGACGACAAACCUGCCAGAUUGUUAAGAAGAAAUGCUGUUGAAUGUUCCUAAAUAUACAUAGGUAGGGUAUUUCCAAGAGAGGACAAAGAAAAAUUGCAAAGAUUAAGGACCAGAGAUCCACGAAGGAGCUGGGAGUAGACGUAUUGUUAGCAAGCAGGUGGCUGAACAGUCACGUUCAUCCCAAGUGAAGCUGCCAUCAUACUCUCUGCUUUGUAGAUUCUUGCUGUCCAGUGGGAUGGAUGCAACACCAGAAAAGCUGCUUUUACUUUUCACAUUUUCAGAAAACUUGGGAUGAGAGUCAAAAGUAUUG